AUGGCAGAAGAAGUUGUAGAAAGUCUGCCUCUAACCGAGGCUCAGAUAGCCAAGGCCACUCGAGAAGACUUUCUGCAGUGGUUAACUAAGUGCAGAAGGCAGGCAGUCGCAGUCGUUGAAGGGCAAAGGACCAGAAAGGCGGUGACUGAUGCUCCAAGAAGUGGUAAGCCCCGUCCAACCUCUUUACGUCCAAGUAAACGCAGUGCCUAA